UCCCUGAUCGCGGCUGGGGGGCGCAGGAUCCCUAACAUCCCCGCAGAGAUCUCCCACGAGUCCCCCGGGAGCAGCCAGUGCCUGCUGGAGCACCUCCUCACACGGCUGCAGAGCAACUCCUGCCAUGUCAAGCUGAAGGUGCUGAAGAUCCUGCUGCACACCUGCUCCCAGGGCUCCCCCCAGUUCGUGCUGCAGCUGAAGAGGAACGCGGGGUUCAUCCGCGAGGCUGCGGUGUUCUCCGGGCCCCCCGACCCCCUGCACGGCAACAGCCUCAACCAGAAGGUGCGGGCGGCUGCACAGGACCUGGCCACCGUUCUCUUCUCGGAUGCGCCGCUGCCGCAGCCCCUGGCACUGCCCGCCCGGGCCCCCGCCGGGAUGGGCUCCAGCCCCAGCCCCUGCGGGUCCCUGCAGGGGUUCGGCUUCAGCGGUGACAGAAGCGGCCCCGCUUCCACCGGGGAGGCCCUGCUGAGCAGCCUCCAGCGAGCGGCCGAGGCCGUGGCCCAGGCUGUACUCCCAGCGCCAGGGGGGCCCCGGCGGCCCCAGGGGGACCUCCCCGAGGACACCUACGAGCCCGUCCGAGCCCCCUCCCCCAGCGGCAGCCCGGCCCCGCUGCCCCCGCCGCCCCCCAGCACCUGUGGGUCCCGAGUGAGUCACCAGCCCGGGCUGGCCGGGGGCGGCUGGGAGGAGGCGGACAGCGGGCACAGCUCCCGGGAAUCCUCGCAGGGACACGAGCAAAGCCGCGCCUCAGACUCGGGCAGCAAAUCCGGCAGCGACAGCCGCUCCGGGGCCAGCCGGGAGCUGAGCCACAGUGCCGACAGCAGGGUGGACGCUGACAGCCCCGGUGACUGCCGGCGGGAGGUGAGCCUGGUGUCGGGGCUGACGCGCGGGGCCAGGGUCUUCCUCACCAGGGAGGAGGCUCAGCACUUCCUCAAGGAGUGUGGACUCCUGAACUGUGAGGUGGUGCUGGAGCUGCUGGGCCGGGCUCUGGAGGAUCCCAGCGACAGCGUCCGCAUGAGAUCCAUGUCUGCCCUGUCCGCCCUCGGCUGCUCCGACCUGCUCUCUCCAGAGCAGAUCUUUGCUGUGACCCGGCAGCACCUGCAGCAGCUCAGCCAAGGCAGCCCCGGGCCUGUGGCCAACCGGGCAACCAAGAUGCUGCGGCAGUUCGAGGCCCUGUGCCGGGCCCAGCCCUCCCCGAGGGCCCUGCGCCCCUCCCCGCCCCCCCCGGCAGGCUCGGCCGGGGACCUGCUGAUGGACUGCCCGGCCCUGGCCGGCGAGAGCAUCCUGACCCCGCUGAGCCCACCCCCCGUGGCCCCCCCUGCCCCUGGAGAGGAGCUGGGGGCAGGAGCGGAGCCCCCCAGGGCCGCGGUGCCUCCGUGUCCCUGCCAGCAGGGUCAGGGGAUCAGGCCAGGGGGGCACAUGGCAGCCCCCGGGCUGUCUCUGUUUGCUGGGAUGGAGCUGGUGGCCCGUCCCAGUGCCGUGAUCCGGCCGGAGUCGCCACUGGCACAGACACGGACACUGCCCCAGCCCCGGGACACAGGGACGGACAUGGGCACGGACACGGAGGGCCUUCGGCAGCCCUCGGCCUUCGCCUUCCUCAACAUGUAGCUGCUGUGGGGUCCCGGGGGCUGCGGGGGCUGAGCCCCCCUCCUUGCGAGGCCUGUGGUGUCCUGGUCCCUCAGGGGGACAUGGGGUGUGAAAGGGUCCCUUGGGGGGACACGGGGCUUCCAUCAGGUGACAGUGGCCCUGUCCCUGAUGUUCAGGGUGGGCAGAGGGGCCUGGCCGUGGCACCUCUCUCUCCUCUGGGCUGGAGAGGAGCUCAGGGCCCCCUAGAGCUGAGCUGGAGGUGCUGUGGGUA